AUGCCCCCUCACCUUCAGUACGGCUCGCCCAAGAGCGCCUCCAGUCCUGAGUCGGCCAAGACUGGAGCUGCCUCAUCGCCAGACGUCUCUGGCAGCUCUCUAAAGGAUUCCAGGAAGCGCAAGAUCUCGGCUGACGAUCUGGACGAUGACGAUCUUCUCGAAGAGGGCGGUAAGCCCAUCAAGAAGACAGCUCACAACAUGAUUGAGAAGCGCUACCGGACCAACAUUAACGAUAAGAUUGCUGCCUUGAGAGACAGCGUUCCCAGCCUGCGCAUCAUGAGCAAGAGCGCUAGGGGAGAAGACACUACUGAGGACCGCGAGGAACUACACGGCCUUACGCCCGCACACAAGCUCAACAAAGCGACUGUUUUAAGCAAAGCGACGGAAUACAUACGACAUCUGGAAAAGAGAAAUAAUCGAUUGCUGGACGAAAACAGCGCCAUGCACCAGAGAAUCGCCGCCUUCGAGAAGCUGUUCAUGGCUGGAGCUAUGAACGGCUCCAUGCCUCCAAUGCAACAACCCACACCGAUGCAGUAUCCCCAGGAUAGCCAAGCGCAGCAACAAUCACAGCAGCAGCAACAGCAGCAGCAACAGCAACAAAUGACACAAUCUCCGCUGGACCCUUCUGGCCAGGAAGCAAAUGGAAUGCCUGCUGGUAUGAUUGAUGUUCCUGAGGACAUGAAGCGAAUCCUCUCCCAGAUGCCCGGCCAGCCAUACCCUGUUCCCCAGCAGCUAUUUCGUCCCAACCCGAACGUGGUUGGCCAACAACAGAUUCGGCCAAUGCAGCAACAGCAACAGGGCCAGCAGACUGGAUGGAGUGCCGCAAGCCCCUACCUUGGUAAGCUGAUGGUUGGCUCGCUCGCUGGCCUGAUGAUAUUGGAGGCGGUUCGGGAAGAGGAAACCAGUAACGAAGAGCCCCAAGGUCGCGGACUGUUUGCUCUACCCUUACAGCUUCUCAAGCACAUGCCAUCUCAUCUCAAUGUGGGUUUGGCGGGAUAUCAGGCCGAUCUUUCUAUCAAGUUUAUGCUCCUUUUCGGCCUCAUCCUGUGGGUUUUCAUCCCGUCGCUGUUUUCAUCAAUAGACCGAAAACCUAAGAAGCAGCAAUCCGCCGCUCUACAUCCCGUCCCUUCACUGGCUUCUCCCAUCAGUGUGCGCCGCCGCGCGUGGGAGACGGCAAUCCAGACUGUUUGGGUGCCUCACCACAACUUCUUCCUUGAAGCCGCUGCGCUGAUGCUCAAGACGCUCAAGCUUAGCGUGCGCAACGUUUUUGGCGUCCACGCCUAUCAGCUGUUGACCGGAUUGACUCCCGAACAGGAGGUAGCCCGAGUUCGUGCCUGGGCCACCGCUCUCGAUGCACAGCUUACUGGAGGAGAUGCAGAGAUUUGCAUGAGCCGCCUCAUCCUGACACUGUUGGCGUCCGGAACCGUGCCCAAUACCCCGAGCGGUCUGAUGCUUAAGGCACUUCACGUCCGUGUGCUCUUGUGGGACUUGAGCCAGAAAUGGUAUCAGCUAGGUCUGGUCAACUUUUUUGCCACCAAGAUUGCACAACAGCAGUGGAACGCAGCUCGCGACCUAAAUCACAAACUAAUCAGCAGCCUACCAGAAGAGGAGAAGUCGGAGAUGCAGCGAGCAGGAUACUUAUUACCCGAUCAUCUGGCUGCCUUGGUCGAACAGGAAUGCGACCAAGUUCUCACCCCUACCGUCAUUCAACGAGCCCAUAACCUGGCCUUCAACUUGGAAACGACAUACAACUCGGACCCGAUUGAUGGUAUGGACACGGUAGUCGAUGACACAGCCAUUGGGUCUCCGAUGGAUGCUCUCGCAGCCUGGUGGUCAACAGCCAAGGUGCACGAUGUGUUGACAACAACGUUGUACGGUGACGGAGAGGCAUCGGAGGAUGAGCAAGUAAUGGAACUGGCCGUUCAAGUCGCUCCCUUGGGCUCUCAUGCUCGAGCACGGGCAAUCAUGGCCCGUUCCGUCCUCGCUCAACAGUUGCGUGGACAAAAUAUUGCUGCUGCUGUUCAGGUCCUUCGGGUUGACACUGAUAGCAGCUGUCUGAUGGAGCCCAUAUCCCUGACUUCUGCCGAUCCGAAUCCUUUUGCCGGCCUGGCACCGGCUGCGCCUCCUCACUCAGAUACUCCCGACCCCGACCUUCAGCUUUGCCUCCGCUGUGCGACAGCUACAGCCCAUCUCAAGCGAUUAGGCGGCGAGGUUGCUAGUAAGAAACAAUACGUCCGCACCUCGAUCGAAAAGGUGAUUGACUUGACAACGGAAACACCAAUGACGCUUUUGAGCUUUACGUCGGUCAUGGAGGUUUUGGAGCAGAUUCUAGCUCAUAAAGAUACCACAAACAACUUUGCGCCCCUGGUAGAGAGACUGGCUGCCAUCCUGCGUCUUUGGAUGGGUAGUUCUCUAGCACUAAACUGCGGUGUAUCACGCGACCUUCAGGAUAGAGUCAUCAAUAAAUGCCUGAGCGUUACAAAGAGGAUAGUGGGCAUGGAGGUGGAUACAGGCUACGACAGCAUGACAGACGACGAAGGAUUCCGAUGAUUGUUAAAGAGGAGAGAAGAGAGAAUGAAGACUAUGCGCAACUGCAUUUCGAAAUCUGCUUUACGAUACUCCACUUCUUUUGGCUUUUGUCAAUAUUUUUUCCCUAAUAUUUCUCCCCCCAUUUCCCGCUUUUCUGGGCGAAACAGGUGUACAAUGGAGGACGACAGCUCUUUUCAGGCAAGACGACGGCCCCUCAGACCUGGGAAAUGUAUGUAUAUAAGAAAGAAUUUGUAUCAGGAGUGAACUCAGCCUCAUUACGACGUAUUAUGCAACAAAGGCAGGACAAAAAAAUUAUUCUAGAGGGAAAUUGGGAGAGGCGAUUAGGGAACCUACUACCAUUGUAUUUUCAUGGCAGGACAUGUUUUCAUUUUAUUACUGUUUUUUCUGAGCUAUUUGGGACAUUGCUAGCUGUUUGCUUUGUUGUUCUCUUUUCUCUACGUCGUUCUUAUUCUUUCCCACAACCUUUUUUUUUUUUCACAUUGUUUUCUUUUGUUGCUGCGGUUCGAUACCUGGCGGGGCGUAGUGAUUGGGCCUCAUAUACGGAGUAGGCUUUCGUGAAAGACAGGAUAGGAAAAUUCCUGAGUGAAAAAAAACGAUUUUUCUUGUUC